AUGCGUAACUUAUUGCAAUUCUUGAAUACGAGUAGGUUCAAAAUACAACUGUCGUGUGCAUACAGCAGCCGCUUCCAUAGUGACGACGAUUCGUCAUCGGUUCUCAAGAGCGCCAUCCUUCGUUUCCUCAAUUCCCUUCCCCUGAAACCACCUCCGACACGAUCUAUACCCAUCAGUACCCUCGUCUCAGGCUCUUUUUCUUUCGAACUCUCUUCCCAAUCAUGGCAGCUAAGGGAAAACACGGUAAAGUCCUCCUGUCCUCCAUCCUAG